AUGCGAGAUCUUGCGAAUGCCAUGGCGACCUUCAUGAAGAAGUUUAAGAGAAAGCGCAGACUGUCCACCGAGCUACACUCUCGCUGGGGAGACGUUUCGAUCACCUAUCCAACCGAAGGUUCUUGGAACCAGUGGGAUCAACCCUCUGUACUCGUUGCCAAUGCACCACAGAGAGCUUUGCCCACUGCGCAGCACGACCAAGGACAGCGACAUGUCUCGGCUGGCUCAGUUCACGGGCAAAGUCCCAGUUCCUCGAUCAGACGAUCGCGAAGUACUGGCCCAGAGUGUCCACCAUCAUCAUCCUCCCCAUCUUUUCCAACAGGGCAUUUCAACCAAAAUAUCCGGCAUCGCGAUCCAGAAGAGCGCCGUCCAUUCCAAGGUCUGGGCAUCGCCGACCUCCGCCGCGACAGUACACAUGCAUCGAGCAUCAUCAAUGACGAUAGCUCCAGCUCUUCCUGCGACGAAGAUGACGAGUACCGCGACGUCCUAGGUCCCGUGGGAUUAAGCCCUCGCAUCUACGAACUGGGAGAUACGUCGCACACACGCGACAAUACCGAAGACUAUGACAUCCCUGCGAAAUCCCCGCCUCUCUCCGUCACUUCGCGUAUGCGUCGCUGUAGCGUCCAAAGCUGUGCCACAGAGCCUGUGGCUUCUCUCUCGGGUACCAACUCGCGUCGCACCAGCUAUACUGCUGCAUCCUCCAUUUCGGCUCCCUCCAUGCCUCCGUCCACGCCUCGGUAUGCCCAGCAUACUCCGAAACCACUAUUUACCGAGAAGAGAUAUCCGCCUCGUCCAGCGACUCGUGAGCCCGAGCCCGCGACUCGCCAAGAGAUGGUUCCUUCCUAUGACGAGCUCUAUGGCUGA